AAUUCACUUGCUUUUGUCCUUUGUUGUUAUUAACCAUCCCUCUUUGACCCAUACAAAAUGAGCAAAACAAAAAACGUAGAAUCGAGGAACGAUCGAAAAGAAAGUGCCUUAUGUUUUUUGUGGUAGUAACUUUCACUUUGUUUUCAUGGUAAUCUGCUUUAUUCGAAUCUACAAAAUAAUAAAUGUUAUGUUAAUUUUGCACCUAUUAGUGAUAAAUUGUAUUAAACAAUGAAUGAUGCGUGGAGCUCUGCCGGCUUGUGUCGAUGUUGUCACACGAAAGGCAAUUUUAAAAGCCUUGGAAUGUCUUUUGUAUUCGAAGGGAUCGAAGAGACGUUUACCGUGAUGCUCAAAGACACUUUUGAUAUAAUCAUAAAUCCAUCAGGCAGCAUGACAACAUACAGUAUUUGCGAUAUGUGUGAGCCGAGAUUGAGAGAUGCUGCACAUUUUAAAAAACAGGUAGUGGCAUGUGAGGAGAAAUUUCAGCAAUACAACAGUUUUAAAGAUGUUAACUUAUUUGAGCAAGAUGUUAAACUGGAGUUGGAAUGUCCUAGAGAUGUGAAAGAAGAAACUCAUAUGAAUACUGGCAGUGAGGUCUUCAACUAUAAAUAUGAGGAUGCGAAACUACCCACAGUGGAGAUAUACAUGGGAACUGAUUUGGAUGUGGAGGACCAGCCAUUGUCCUUACUUCGCAGCAGAAGUCAGAAAGAAGCUGAUAAUGAGGGUUUGAGUGCUGAUGUGUGGACAGCUUCCCAAGAACCCAGUGAUGAAGAAGAAUCCAAACCCAUACGCCAGACUAAAAUAAAAAAAUACUCUUGUGAAGUAUGUCAAAAGAAAUUCUCUUACAAUGGCUCUUUGGAAAUACAUAUGAGGUUACACAGUGGAGAGAAAAAUUACGAAUGCCAUCUAUGCCAAUCCCUUCACUUAAAUAAUAAAGAAUUAACUCGGCACAUCGAAGAACACCACUCACAAAACGGCACCUACCCCUGUACAAUAUGCAACAAGAACUUUGAAAAAGCAAGGUUACUAAAAAAACAUCUAUCCACUCAUUUCGAGAAGAAAUUCUCAUGUGAAGUAUGUUCUAAAGAGUUCCAAAGAAAGAAAGGGUUGAAGGAACAUCUCAAAACGCAUUCCGGAGAGAAGAAAUUUACGUGUAAUAUAUGUAAUAAGGCUUUCGGGCAUAAUCAGACGUUAAAGUCGCAUAUAUACACUCACACUGGCGAAAGACCGUACGUAUGCGAUGUUUGUGGGAGGGGGUUCCCGCAAAGAACUCAUUUAAAAAGGCAUAUCUACAUAAUUCAUAACCAAAUAAAACCGCACUCGUGUGGCGUGUGUCAGAAACAAUUCUCAAGCAAGAGUUACUUGGCUAUUCACGAAAGACAGCACACCGGCGAGCGACCAUACUCCUGUGACGUCUGCAAAAAGGACUUCACAGCAUAUACUACCCUCAAAGUGCACAUGAGAGUCCAUACAGGCAUCAAGCCAUAUAGGUGCAAUUUUUGUGACCGCCAGUUCGCACAAAUGGCCAGCUUCAAGCUCCAUCAAAGAACUCAUACUGGCGAGAGACCGUACCAGUGUAAAGUGUGUAAAAAGCCCUUUUCAGAUAAUGGUUAUUUGAAGAUACACAUGAGAGUGCAUUCUGGGGAAAGACCAUAUAGUUGCGAGGUGUGUAAACGUGCCUUUAGGGAGACUGGACAGUUAAAGAGGCAUAUGCGGGUACAUACUGGAAUAAAGCCGUAUACAUGCAAGAUAUGCAACAAGCAAAUUGGUAAUUUGUCUAAGCACAUGCGAGUCCAUUCCGACGAGCGGCCAUAUAAUUGCAAUGUUUGUAAUAAGCAAUUUUCUGUAAAUGGGAAUUUGAAGUUACAUAUGCGGGUGCAUUCUGGUGAGAGACCGUUCAGCUGUGAGUUGUGUAGUAGCCAGUUUACUCAGAGCAGUGGGCUGAAGAGGCACAGGUGUACACAUAAGAACGAGGGGCAGUGAUAUAGUAAUCGAUUUUUAAUAAUAUAUCAAUGGCUCCGACGUAAACUAUCGUAUCUGUAAAAAUUGCGAUCUUAAUUUUUAAGGAAACCCUUAUCUCGGUAAUUACCAAACCCAUAAAAAAGCAAUUUUUAUACGAUAUUAAAAUAUUUUAUUAUUUAAUAAGUUAAUAAUACAAAUUAAUAAUAACUUAAUAAAUCGUGGCAUCACAAAACGGCCCAGCGGAAGAUCAGCGCUUGUUUUUAUCAGUAUAAUUGCUGACUUAGGGUCGCUUUCGUGACGAGCAA